AUGGAAGCUAAGAGUCUGGGAACGAGAAAGUACUCUAAGGUGGCGACUGUUUUGACAAGGAUGCCCCAUCCUGCUUACUACGCUUUUUUGGCACUUUUAACUCUUACGCUAGAAAUUAACUCAGCUUUUUCAGCGCGAAUAGCUGGUUUCCAUACUACAGGAGGAUCACAGUACAUAAACACCAGAAACAUUCUAGAAGAGUUAGCAACUCGUGGACACGAGGUCGCGUGAUGUGUUCUUCUAUUUUGCAUGAUACUGUUAUUUUAGCAAGACAGAGAAAUCAUCGUGGUAAUUAAUUUUUUAAUGUUGGUGGUUGGAAUCAGAUUAAUUUUACACCGGAAGCAGUUAUCUUGCUUUAACCAUUUCAAGUUAAUUACAUGUGUGAUAUUUGCCCUAGAGAUCGACAAGUGGAACAGGUGUUGUUAAUCAGUUUGUUUACGUUCCCUCUGUGGCCAAAAAUUCCCGAUGAAUUCUCUUCAAACGAUUCUUUUAUAAAUUUCCAAAGUCUCCUAUAUUCCCCUCUCAAAACAGGAUUUAAAACUUUUUCUUUGUUUGGUCGCUAUCAAAGGUUACUUUCUGUCGGAAAAUUCGAGGUUAGAUUUCUGAGUACCUUAUGAUGGAUGAAGGACUAGGAGUUUCGGCACUGAGCGAUUGAAAUUAAGUUUAGUAGUUGCACAUCGUUACUUCAGUUCUAAUGUUUCAUUUGUUGAAGAUUGAUGGAGAUAUUCCAAAAACCCUAUAGGCAGUAUCUGAGUAAGGUAGACAAUAUGCAAUUAUUUAGUAACAGGCUUUCUCUCUUGGGAGGGGUCGGAGGAUUUUAAUUGGGUCACCAUAAAAUUUACCUGAUCCUCCCCCCCCCCCUAAUAAGGCCCUCUAAUAAUCUCAUGACUACCCCUCCCUGGCAGAUAAUUAGCAGUCAAUUUUCUAUGUGCCCUUCCUUUUUUUACUUUGUGCAAUGACUGAAUACCCCCUCCCUUGCCCCUGAAAAUCUUGUGAUUCCCCUAAAAUUCUCCAACUCCUCCUAGAAGAUCAAUAAUUAAGUUGAGAUGUAAAGAAAAGACAAAUUUAUAAUAAAUAGCUAUUGAUUUUUUUACCUUUGAUUUUAAUUGGUUACAAUUAGGUUGUAAUGGUUGUUCCAUCUUCUUUUGAUAAAAUCAAACCGAGUGAGAAGGUACCUCACAAGAUUUACCAAGCACCUUAUAAACCAGGCUUCUUAGAAGAUACAGUAAUACCCCUUGAACUGGAAGGAAAAAUGAUGGAGGUACUUUUCAAGAUGAGCAAGAUUCAGGAAACAUUAUGUGAAAGUGCACUAAACUCCACUGAAGUUCUCAAGGAAUUGAAAAACUAUGAUCUUAUCACCUAUGAUAGUGGAGCAUUCUGUGCGGCAUUAAUUGGUGAACUCCUCAAGAUUCAGCGCAUUGAGUUGUUCCCUUACCCCCCUAACAGUCCAGAUGCCUUUUAUCACAUGAUACCCUCGCCAAUUUCCUAUAUUCCUCAACUUUCUACGGGAUUUACUGAUAAAAUGACAUUCAAGGAACGUUUGAUGAAUCUGGGAUCAUACACUGGCGAGAGACUGUUUUUGAGCAUAGUCUAUAACAGACCAAUGAAUGCUCUAAAAAUGAGAUACAACAUUACGCCUGAAAGAAGCUUUGAGGAGGCUGUUGCUGAUGUAGAACUACUUUUAAUCAUGGCAGAUUUUGCACUGGAAUACCCACAACCUCUGUUGCCAGGUGAGAACUCUUUAAAACUUUACCAUUUAACCCUUUAACUCCCAAGAUCUGAUUGUUAAUUCUCCCCUCUACCUGCUACACAUUUCUUUGUUAAUUAAUGAUGAGAAUAAGUUAUCAGUAAAUUAGUAUGAAAGAUCAAGAUAACAACUUCUACCUGAUAAGUUUGAAUGUUCUCAUUAUACCUACGUACAGGAUAAUGUAUGGAUAUUAUAGGAAGGAAAAGUUACAUGUUAUUUGUUUGUGGGAGUUGAAGGGUUAAGGUUGACCUUAACCCUUCAACGUUUGUUGCAUAUUGUAAUUCUCCCAUUUGGCUGUAAGACACCUCCUUAAAAAUUAGAUGAGAGAAUUUGGUGUUUCAUCAAGAUGUGACACUCAGUUAUUAUAUAAUUGUGAAGAUCUUAAAAGGGUUCCUUUGAGUGCUUGCCAAUUGAUCUUGAGUAAAAAAGAGUUAGGUUAAUAACUGGAACCAGAACUCUAUAACCUUUAUUUCUGGCUCUCAAAAGAUGAUUGAGUACUAAGCUUUCUACAAUAUCUUUAACCAUAGCCAGAGGAGGUUAUACUUUCCCAGAAUGGUUUUCAACCCCAAUUAAAACUCAAGUAUGGUCAAAAGUUGAAAUAUGAUUGAUAAGAUCUUUAUUAAUUGAAGAGGAAUCUUUGUUAUAUUUAUUCAAUAGGUCAUGUUAUGGUUGGACCACUAAAUGUCAAAGAUACUCAACCCUUCCCCCCUGAUUUAGAAGAGUUUGUCAAUAAUUCAGGGGAUCAUGGUUUUAUUAUUGUUUCCUUUGGUUCAAUGGUGGCUUCAAUCCUUCCAAGAGAGAAAGUGGAUAUGCUAGCUGAUGCAUUUGGAAAACUGAAACAAAAAGUUGUGUGGAGACUUAAAGGUAUCUGCAGUUUUUAAAAGGAAUUUUGAAUUGUGCAGGGUCAUAGCAAGCAUGACACAAGACGAGGCAAUUACCUUGUCUUGAUUUCAGCCCAAGAUUGACUUUUCUGAAGAAAAAUGCCACAGGAAAUGCUUAAAAGAGCAUUUCUGAGCCUUUAGAUUUAAAAAUUUUCUGGGGGGGGCAUGCCUGCAGACCCCCCCUUGGCGGCUUGUGCCUUUGGUGCUCAAAACUUGCCUGGUCUUGUUCUUUUGUUUUGUUCUUGUUGUGUUGUUUACCAACUGAGUAUUUUAUACAACGGCCAUUUAUUUGUUCCUUCUAUCUUUUUAUCCAUCCUUUAGUUUGUCAUCAGAGAUAAUCUGUUGGAGCAUUGAUCAAUCUACUCUACUCAGUCAGUCAUUGAAUGCUCAAUUAGUCAAUCAGUCUUUGAGUCAGUUGGUCGGUCUUUUUGUCAGUUGUUCAGUUUGUCAGCUAGUCAGGCAGUCUGUCUGUUUGACAGUUGUUUAGUCUGUCAUUUAGUUGGUAGGUAAGUCAGUCUGUCUGUCUGUCUGUUAGUCAGUCAGUCAGUCAGAAAGUAAGUCAGUCACUCAGAUAUUUAGACAGAUACUUGAUCAGUAGAGUUGGUUAGUCAGUCUGUCAGAUACCAAAAAACUUAUUGGGAGAACUUGAUGAUUUGCUUUGCUUAACAUGUGUGAUAGAAUAGCACUCUGUCCGGUAUACUCUGUCCAGUAGGAGUUGAAAUACUCCUGAUUAGAAAACAAACCCUCCCCUUGAAUUGCUCACUUGUAAGAUUAAAUGCUGGUAUGUCUUUAAAAGGGUUGGUUUUUCUUUCUGGCAGGUUAUAUCCCAUCCUCCCUUAAAGCAAACAUCAAAGCAGUUCAAUGGUUACCUCAGAAUGAUCUCUUAGCACACAAGGACAUCAAAGCUUUUGUCUCCCAUGUGGGACAUAACAGUCUGUAUGAGUCAGCAUACCAUGGGGUCCCUGUGGUAGCCUUUCCAUUGGGUAGAGACCAGGAUAGCAAUGCUAAGAAAGCUGAACAUUUUGGCCUUGGUUUAAUUGUUGAUCAUAAAAACUGCAGUGUGCAACAACUGUUUGAAACAAUUGAGAAAGUUGUAGGGGAACCACAGUAUGUAGUAUGCUAUAUUUGUCAAAAGUGGUUUAAAAAGAACUUGUUGUUGGCCAAUUAGGCCUUGAGAUAAGUUAAUUGUACAGAAUGAUGCUAAUAAGUGUGUGAUUUGAGGGAAUUACUGACGUGUCCACAUCCCUGAAUGUGAUCAUUGCAGAAUAUUUUAAGUGUUAAAUGUUUUUUCAAGUUUAUCAGGCAACCACUGUGUUUAGUUCUGAAUCAUGGCUUCCCAAGAGAGCACUUUGAGUGUUGCAAAACCAAAACCAAAGUAAUCACAGUGGACAAUCAGGUGAAAGGAAAAAGUCAGGAGCAUUCAAUGACAACUUUAAGAGAAAAAACACGUAAACAGAGGGGCAUAAUGGCAUUGACCAAGUUGCAGUUAGUUUUAGUUUUGAAUCAGAUUGGUUGAGAAAGUAGUGAAAGUUUUCCAGACCAAUCUUACAGCAAAAGAGCAAACCAAAUAAUUCCAGAUUACUCUCAACACUUGAUUGAAAUUUCUUUUAAUUAGUCAUAAGUCGAAUAGCAUGCACCUCUUAUUAAGAAAGUGACUGUCACAGUGUUUGGGCCAAAUACAGCUUUGAAUUGACUGUAAGGAUUCAUUUCUGCCGGGUAACAUAAGUAAAAAAAAGUGUCAUUAUUUCAUUAAAAUCCUUUACAUAGAAAUUCGAUUUUUCUUCAGAUUUAAAACAAAUGCAAUGCACAUCUCUGGGCUGUUGAAGGAUCAUCCUUACACACCUCUACAAGAAACCUGCAACUGGAUUGAGUAUGUAGUCAGACAUGGUGGAGCCAGACACCUCAGAGCUCAAGUUUUUGACAUUCCUUGGUACAAGUGCUACUUACUUGAUGUCAUAGCUUUCCUUGUUACUAUAGUAACCUUAGUUGUCCUGGUGAUAAGAUUUAUAUGCAGGUGUUUGUGUAGAGUGUGCUAUAAAAAGGGAGACACCAAACCCAAGAAGGAGUAAAACUGUGCUGUAUGUUGUGAUGUUAUGUGAUACUUCCUCUGAGUGUGAAGUGAAAGUUCAACCCACUCAUUUCAGCACGUAGUGUUUUUAUACUGUAUUAUGACACUUUGGGACA